AUGCAGAUGGAGGAGCACAACCUCACGGUGGUGACUGAAUUCAUCCUGCUGGGCAUCACAGACCGUCCUGAGCUGCAGGCUCCAUUAUUUGUGCUGUUCCUCAUCAUCUACCUGACCUCGCUGGUGGGCAACCUGGGCAUGAUCGUCCUAACCCAGGUGGAUUCGAGGCUGCAAACACCCAUGUACUUUUUCCUCCGACACCUGGCUCUCACUGACCUUGGCUAUUCUACAGCUGUGGGGCCCAAAAUGCUGGUCAAUUUUGUUGAGCAAAAAAAUACAAUCUCCUACCACUUCUGUGCCACACAGCUGGCUUUCUUUCUUGUAUUCAUUAUUAGUGAGCUUUUCAUCCUUUCUGCGAUGUCCUAUGACCACUAUGUGGCCAUCUGUAACCCUCUCCUCUACACUGUCAUCAUGUCCCCAAGAGUGUGUUGGGUGCUAGUGGCAAUCCCAUAUCUCUACUGCACAUUUGUGUCUCUUCUGGUCACCAUAAAGAUUUUCAUCUUAUCCUUUUGUGGACACAAUGUCAUUAGUCAUUUCUACUGUGACAGUCUCCCCCUGUUGUCAUUGCUCUGCUCAGAUACUCUUGAAAUUGAGGUGAUAAUUCUGAUCCUCGCUGCUUUUAACUUGAUUUCCUCUCUUCUGGUGGUCCUCGUGUCCUACCUGCACAUCUUCCAGGCUAUUCUCAGGAUGAAGUCUGCAGAAGGCAGGCGCAAGGCUUUCUCCACCUGUGGGUCCCACCUGACUGUGGUCACUGUGUUCUAUGGGACUCUGAUAUUUAUGUACGUGCAGCCCAAGUCCAGUCACUCCUUUGACACUGACAAAGUGGCUUCCAUAUUUUAUACCAUGGUCAUCCCCAUGCUGAAUCCAUUGAUUUACAGCUUGAGAAACAAAGAUGUAAAAUAUGCUCUUCAUAGGACAUGGAAAAUGAUGUAUAAAUAUUUUUCUGUAAAGCCAAGUGCAAUAUAA